AUGAGAUUUGUCCAUGUGACAGUUCUACAAUAGGAGCUGCUUUGGAUGCUGGGUGUCAUUCGAUAUGUUGACUAUUACUUUUAAAACCCUACAUAAUGUUUGGCUUGGGGAUCUCAGAGAUGUGUUGCUAAAGUGGAACCUGCCCAUUUGAUGAAAACAGAAAGAAAAAGUAUGCAAAGGAUCCUUUAUAGUGAUAGAAUCCUCUGAGAGAAUUCUAGUGGUUACUGCAGUGGAAAAUGGAAAGAGAAAAAGCAAUCAUAGAAAAAAUCCUUUAAUGCUUCCCAUCUGCUUAAUAACACAAACAACAAUUUGCUACAUUCAUGGCACUCAGAAGGCAUGUAAAAAACCUUGUGAAAAAUUAUUCUGAAGCUGAGAUAAAAGUCAGAGAAGCAACUUCUAAUGACCCUUGGGGCCCUUCUAGUUCUCUAAUGUUAGAGAUAAGUGACCUGACAUACAACACAAUUUCCCUUUGUGAGAUUAUGAACAUGAUCUGGCAUAGGAUGAAUGACCAUGGGAAGAACUGGAGGCACGUGUACAAAUCUCUUACACUCUUGGACUAUCUCCUCAAGAAUGGAUCAAAGAAAGUCAUACAACAUUGUCAAGAGGGUUUCUUUAACAUUCAGAUAUUAAAAGAUUUUCAUCAUCUAGAUGAAGCAGGAAAAGAUCAAGGUUUCCAUGUAAGGGAGAAGGCUAAGCAAGUUCUUGCUAUUUUAAAAGAUGAACAACUGAUGCAUAAUGAACGUGAAAUUGCGCGCCGGACUAGACGGCGCAUUUCACAUGCCAUGCUUUUCUCCCAGAAGCCUUCUAACAAAGCUUAUGUACCAGCUACGCUUGGCUCAGAUCCCAUUUCAGAACUCCCUCCAUCAGAAAAUGUCCAACAUUUGCUGCCUAAGGCAUUACCUGCAGCAGAGCAAAGCCAGCAGACAGGCAAAGCAGAAAUAGCCCAAGAAGCAACAGUACUGAAUAUCAUUACAAAAAAGUCAUCAGAGGACUUGAUCACUUUCAGCGAGGAUGAAUCCUGCCUUGCGGCUGUGGAGUCAACAUUUCCAGUUACUGUCUGUAAAGAGGAAUUGGCAAAAGGUACAAAGGCACCUGCUAAUAAUUCCUGGAAUACAGGUACUGUUUUGAAUCCAUCAGAAAGAAAACCGCUCCCUUUGCAAAAGUGGGAUUCAGGCAGAAAAUCGAAUAAUUCGGUUGUUUCCAGAGUUAUGCUGAAAUCUUCUCCAAAGAGGCCAUCAAGCUUAAAUAGUCAUCAAGUUGCCACAACUUUGCUUGAUCUUUGGUCAUCCAGUCCAGAGGAAUUUGUCACUAUUAACAAACAGCAAGUCCCCAAGUCUGAUUUGGCUUGUUGUCACACCAGGGCCUCUGUUGAGACCAUUUAUAAAUCUCCCACCUUUCAAACCUUUGAUCCUCUAGGAACCCCUAUGACAAAUACCCUGAAAGCCUCUCCAGCAACUCAGCAGUACUGUGGGCCUAAUGUAGCUAACUUACGAAAUCUCCACUUUUUAACACCAAGCAUUGUAGAGGCAGUUGGUUUGAGUGGUGAUCCCGCCCCCAGACCAGAUUCUGCCAGCUCCAUGGGAACAACUUCUUCCUUUUCUACUUUCUCCAUCUCAUCCCCAGAAUCAGCUGUACCAAACAACACCCCUCAGCCCUAUUCUGUUGCACCCCAUGGACCCUCCUACUUGCCUUCACCACAUGGAUUACCUUCUGUUUUCUUUAAAGAUCUCAAGGAACGGAUUGCACAUUCUUUUUCUCCUUGCCCAGUAUCUGAUGUAGAUGACAGUGCUAGCAUUUUAAGCCUACUACCUGAUAAUUCAAAAUGUUCUGUUGAGAAAAAUGAUAGCUUUAGGAGCAGAACUUGUGCUGCUGGUGAAAGCUGGGCAAACAAUUUAGUGGAGGAAGUACUUGCUGGAUCUAAUCCUGUACCUCCAGCCACAAAUCUUCCUCCUGACUCAGAUCUUUUUCCUUUGAGUGCUGAGGAAAAAAAUAUGACCAUUUUGGAAGAAAUAAAAAAUGCUGUUUGUGGACUAAGAGGGGACUUCUGCAGUGUGGCACAGGAGUUACGUACUAUAGGUAGUGAAUUGGCAAAUAUGGUAGUUUCCGUUCAAAAUAUGAACCAAUUUUUUGCAACUCCCCAAACUGCUAAAGAUGACCAUACGAAAAUAUAGAACUCAAACUGGCUCACAAUGAGGUAGUAUAAGAUGAGUUAUAUAUUCUAUUUUACUAAUGUGCUUGACAUAUUUUGGAAUUUACUUGCACAAAAGUAAAUGUCUUUAUAUAUGUAUAUAUAUAUAUGCACACACACACACACACACACACACACACAAAUAUAUGUACCUAUUAUAUUUUUGCUGUGGGAAAUAAAUUGUGAUUUACAUCUUA